GCUCCUGAUAUCUUUCGUUUCGUUCCACGAUGAAACAUGAUGCAUUACAUUGACUAUAAUACCUAUACAUAUUGUACAAGUAUUGUGUGAAGUUAUAGUGUGUCGAAAGCAAUGCAUAAGUAAUCGUUACGUCAGUGUGCAUAGAUUAAUGCGAUGUGUGUGUGUGUGUGUGUGUGUGUGUGUGAGGUCGGUAUGAUAAUAUAGGGAGCGACGACUGCGACUACUGCGAACAAAUUUAAAUCGGGUUUUCUAUUCUAAGUGGAAAUAGAGAAAAAUGCUAGGCCGAGAUCGAAAUAGAAAGAGAAAGAGUUUUUCGAGCAGUGUAGCUUGCCCGAAAUAGACAUUGGGAAUGAAUGGGUUUAAAGGUUUAACCGCGUUGAGUUCCUUAGCUUUUUGUAAACGGCUAAUUUUCGUAAAUGUGACCUUACAAUCCUGGUGAUAAAAAUAAUAAAAGAUAGUCGAUCAUCCAGACGAACUUGCGCGUUAUCCAAUUCUUUUCGCACUUGGAAUCACGGAAAUUGAUAAAAAUAAAAGAUAUAAGGCAGCAUAUUAGUCAACAGAAUGUAUAACGAUACAAAAAUAACUUUUAAGUAUUCACGAUAAAAUAAUCCAUUAUUACGCGAGUUUAUAUAAUUGCAAUAUAAGAUGCGGAACUUUUGCUAGACAGGUUCGCUAAAAGAAACAAAUUGUCAUCGCUUUUAAGUGCGCUUUCAACACGGGCACACGGUGAACAAACGAGACGUCCUACUUGUAUAAACUGUAUAUUGAUGAACCGCAUUAUAGACCUUCCUCUUCCUCUGUGCAUAAAGAAGCAGUGCGGAUAACCAAGUGUCUUAUUUAAAUUCAAAUUUAAAGCCAUAAAAUAAAAGUGGUGUGAAUUAUAAGUCGCCUCACCUAUGCAUAAUUGGUGUAAAAAGUUAAAAAUGAUUGGAAAUUCCUUACUGUAUACCUACAGUAUUCUAUCUCACUAUAUUUAUAACCUCGGAAGACGUCAAGACAGUAAUAGCUCAAAGUCAACACUCUAUACUAAGUCAUGUGUGCGUUUCCUAUGUACGCGCUAUUUACUUCACUUCUUUUUCUAUACUUCUCCGGCGAGAUGAGGGCAAAAAACACGCGUUGCCCAGUCUGAAUACGCAAUCGUCAGAAAGUUCCGACGCUGAUGCGAAGUUAAUUUGAAUUCUUGUAUCUCGCGCUCGAGAGCUCACGUGUAUACCUCGGAAUUAAAAACUAAUCUUUACCAUUAACGGUAUUUCUAUAAAGUAUGCCAUGUGUAUAGCUGCGUGCGAAUGACCUCUACACUCUCGCUCGUCCACUACUCUGCGUCAUAAACAAAUUACAAAUUGUAAUUCGCCAGAGGAAUUAUGCGUACUCAUCGACGCAUCGAAAUCUCCGAUGAAUCAAAACAAAAAACAUUGUUAUUACGAAACGUUUUCAAACUUGUUUUACUACGCGUGUCAAAAAUUAAUGAAGAAGCGUCGAAUGAACUUCAAGUUGUGCAUAGUCUUCGAAUUCCCAACAAGCUCGUACUUUAAUCUCUAAUAACUCGAAAUCAAUGGAAAUUUUUCGUCUCCGCCUAUAACUCUUAAAAUCUAAAGCCCAAAGCAAACACAUCGGAUCGACUCGUGUCUCUCUUGCGCGCGAUGUUGCUCUGUCGCCUCGUAAUUUCACGCACACAGCGACACAGGCCAUAUAGGAAUAUUCAAGCGAGCAGCGGCUAUAACGUCAUCGCCCCGCGAGAGGAAAUGCUCGGCAACGAUCGUCGCACGACACUAACGUCAUUGUUUAUUUUUCUCUUCCCUCUAACAUCCGAGAACUUUGUUUUUUGUUUAUUCGGAAUCUGCUGGUCCAUGGCACCACAUGGCUUAUCUCACUUUUGCUGCGAAUGGUGCACUUGUGUAUAUAUAUAUAUUUUUUUUUUCUGCCUUAUGCUGUCGUGUGAAUGAACCGAGUUUUUUUGGCGUACGUACAAUCUUAGAGCAUUAUUAUUUAUGUGUGUAAGAAAGUGUUGUUCCUCUCCUGAGCAAAGCGAGAUGCUGACAAUCGCACAAGAGCUAAGAAUCAUCAUGCGGGCACGUGUAUCGGAAAGUACAUUUUUCAAAUUUAGCGCCACCGCGCUGUUAUAACCAACCAGAUGCGUCGCCGUUAAAGGGACGAUAUCGCGAAGUGCGGGGGGGGGGGGUGCAUGCAAUUACCUCUACUCGGGUAGCUCUCGUCUACCGAGAAAUGCCGGUCAGCCGGCUACCUGUGUACCGAUGCGACGCUGCCAAAUUGCACUUACAGCCCCCCCUCGAAGGACCUAAUCCGUGCAAAGGACCGAUGCGAUGGCCAAGACGGAGCAUCAGUUCUAGAACGACCUUCGACGACGCGUAUUGCCAAAGACUGAGAGAACGAGACACGUCAAGCUCGAAGAAAACAAGGAGGUACGCCGUCGUGUGAAUCAGGGCAAGUUAAGAUAUCGAAAAAAAGUGAAUUUAAGUCUGCACCUGUAAGAGCGCAACAGCACCAGGUCUCAAGGGAGAAAGAAGCUGCGACGCCGAGGAAAUUCGGAAAAGACGCUGCGAAAACGGAAAACGAGGCCGUAACGAGAACGUCGAAGAAAAGCAGAUGAGGUAAUUUCCAAGCAGAGCAUAAGCAUCAUGUAUCAAGUACCGACGUGCAGCCAUCUUUACACGCGCCAGCAAGAAUCGGCAGCGACCGAACCUGCUGAACCUACCGAGAACGAGUCGGUCUGGGAGAAGCCUGUGGAGGUUAUAUUGCCGAAAGUGUAUUACAGAGACGAGACCGACUCGGUCGCCAAGUUCUCCGGUAACCCGAGGCUGCAGUCCGUAAAGUUCUGGAUAAGAAGCGUUGACGAGCUGGCGAACGCCUGCGGCUGGGACGAUUUUCAGACCUUUUUUAUAGCCAAGCGUGCGCUCACGGGAGCCGCCAACGACUGGCUACAGACUAGCAAAAAUGUACGGUCUUGGAGAGAGCUGAAGAGAGCGCUGGACAUUCAGUUCAACCAUGAGGUGGAUAGAUUCGCGAUCCACGAAAACAUUCGAAAAAGCUUUCCGAAGAAGGGCGAGACGUUGGUGCAGUACAUGCAUCGCAUACGCCGUAUGGCGAUCCAGGCCGAUCUCGCCGAGCGGAUAACCGUUAAGUACGUAGUGCACGGAAUUCCCGACGACGCUUUCCACAAGCUAGGGCUCCAUGCCUGCAAAACGUUCCCCGAGCUCGAGGACGCUCUGGCCGCGUACGAGGAUGCCAGGACCGAACGAGAUCAUCAAUUCGCCGUCGAGCAGGCGAGGAGAGCACGAGAAGUAGAUGUUGGGAAAUUCAUCACGGCGAUCGAUAUUCUAUUCCUCAUUGCCGCGUUCUUCAUGGCACUAAUCACGGCUGUCCACUGGCUUGGCAAUCUUAGUUCGAAGGAGAGACAAUAGAUCGACCUUAAAGUUGUAACCAUAUACUUUUGAUUUUUCAACAAUAAAUCAGCAUUCAAUCUA